UUAUUAUUUUAUACUAUUCCAUCUUAAUAUUCUCAUUCUAUAUAGUUUUAGUUGUAACAACUUUUGCAUUAGGAGAUCAAGAGAGUAGAAGUGUGUACGAGGCCAUUCUCAAGAGCUUGAAAGAAGAAAGAAAGAGGGCUUAAAGCGAAAGUGAAAAGACAAAAUAAAAGGUCUCUCUCGAGUGAGUAAAAUAGAGAGUAGAAAGCAAAUUAAGCCAUUUGAAUACUUUUGAUUUUAUCUUUAGUGAAAUAGAGAUGAAUGAAGGGAUUCUUCCGCUGCAGCAAAUGGUGGCCGCCGGUGCCAACAACUGGUUUACCACUAACGGCCACCCUUUGCUGCAAAAUCAUACCUCUCAGCCUCACCAAUCACCCGCGCCACCACCUCCCUCGUGCCCCGCCUCUCAGGAGUUUCCACACUCAUGGAGCCAACUAGUCUUAGGAUUUGCUGGAGAAGAUGAUAAGACUAUGGAGCAACCGAAGACCUACGUCGGAAAUCUUGAAUUCCGGCCUCCCAAAUCAUCCGAGAUUUUGAUGAAGUGCAAGAGUGGAGCUGCCAAGAAAUCGAAGAUGAAUCCAACGACUUUAGCCCAAUCUGGCAUCAAGGCGAGAAAGGAAAAACUGGGAGACAGGAUUACAGCCCUUCACCAGCUCGUCUCCCCUUUCGGCAAGACUGACACAGCAUCAGUGUUGUUGGAAGCAAUGGGAUACAUUAGAUUCCUUCAACGUCAAAUUCAGGCCCUUAGCCUACCGUACUUGGCCACUGGAUCAGGAAACAUCACCCAACCACAACCACAACCACAUAAAUGUGAAGAAGAUGGGAAGAUGGAUUUAGAGAGUAGGGGGCUGUGCUUGGUUCCAUUAUCAUGCACACUAGAUUUUGGGAGUGAGAAUGGAUCUGAUUAUUGGGCUACAUGAAUGAACUUGGGUAAAAUUAUUGAUGUGAGAUCAUAAGCAGUGAGUUCUUAAAUUUCAUGAGAUUCACUGGGCAUGAUGAUGAUAUGCAUUUUUUUAGUUUAGAUUAGGUGGGACAGAAAUGUUGCACGUGCUUGCAACCAAAAUUUAGAAUAACUUUAUGUAUAAUUGUGUUUUCUGUGAACACAUGGUCCACCAAACUAUAUAAAUAAGAAAACGCUCUUGGAAUA